UUUUGGAUAAAAAUAGUGAAUAUUGAUAAAUCCUUGAUAUUUAAAGAUGGCAACAGCUGUUAGGGGUAGUAAAAUGAUCAGCCUUAUUAAUUAUCGUCUUCGAGUUGUUUUGGGUGAUUCAAGACAAUUGGUAGGACAGAUGCUUGCAUUUGAUAAGCAUAUGAAUAUGGUUUUGGCGGAUUGCGAGGAAUUUCGUUGUGUUAAGCGUAAGAUAACUAAAAUGGCGAAAGAAGAGACAGAAGUUGAAGAAAAACGAACUCUUGGGCUUAUAAUUGUUCGUGGGGAAUUUAUUGUUUCAUUAUCAGUUGAAGGGCCACCUCCUGCUGAUAUUUCAACUCGUCUUGGAACUUUACAACCAGGUCCUGGUGUUGGUUAUCCUGCAGGGAGAGGUCUUCCUGUGGGUAAUGCUCCGGCUGCUGCUCCAGCAGGUUUAACUGGGCCUGUACGUGGUCUUGGAACCGGAGUAGCUGCUCCUCCUGUUUUUAGGCCUCCUGGAUUUUCUGCUACAGGAAUGCCUAUUCCUUCUCAGGGAUUCACUCCACCCACUUUUCCACCUGGACAACUCAUGCCUGGAUUUAGACCUCCUGGUUAAUCAUAUUAUCCCGAUUUAUUGCUUUAUUUUUCUUCUUCAUUUAAAA